ACUCCGCGCUCUACCAUCCCUCGCCGGCCGCCUCCAUUAAUACUCCCCACUCCCACGCCCAAAAAGACAAGACGAGAAACCCACCACCAUCCAUGAACCCGACGCGCGGCCGCCGCAAUGGCCGCAGCUCCUUUCUCCUCCUCAUUGCACUCGUCACUGCGGCCGCCGACAUCGCGGCCGCGCAGCCGGCGGGCCAGGGGGGCCCCAGCUACUUCAACCCCAAGUUCAACCCGUCCAUGACGGUCAUAAUCGUCGUGCUCGUCACCGCCUUCUUCUUCCUCGGGUUCUUCUCCAUCUACAUCCGGCGCUGCGCGGGUGGGCCGCUCGGCGGGCCUGGCGAGGACCUCGGCGCGCCCGGCGCCCGGAUGGGCAGCAUCGCUUUCCUUACCUCGGGCGCCGCGCGGUCCAGGAGGAUGAGAGGGCUGGACCCGGCCGCGCUCGAGGCACUCCCCACCAUGGCCUACGCCGACGUCAAGGCGCACAAGGUCGGCAAGGGCGAGUUGGAGUGCGCCGUGUGCCUCAGCGAGUUCGACGACGACGACACGCUCCGCCUCCUGCCUAAGUGCUCGCACGCGUUCCACGCGGACUGCAUCGACGCCUGGCUCGCGUCGCACGUCACCUGCCCGGUCUGCCGCGCGAACCUCGUCCCCGGAGCCGAAGCUCUGGCGGCAUCCGCUGCUGCUGCUACGUCGGCGACGCCGGAGCGGGACGUCGUAGCUGCUACGUCGGCGCCGCAGCCAGCGCAGGAAACUGUCACGGCGCCGCCUGAGCAAGUGACGGUGGUGAUCGCCGAUGCUGCGGAUGAGACGGAGGAGGAGAGGAUCAGGAGGGAGGAGGCGGCCGAGCUGGUGCGAAUCGGCAGCGUGAAGCGCGCGCUUCGCAGCAAGUCCGCCCGGAGCCCCGCCGCGCAGUUCCCGCGCUCGCACACCACGGGGCACUCGCUCGCCGCGGCGCUCGCCGACAGCGCGGAUCGGUACACGCUGAGGCUGCCGGAGCACGUCCUCCGGGAGGUCCUCGCCUCCGGCAAGCUGCAGCGCACGAAGAGCCUCCAAGCGUUUCGGGAGGGCCGCGCCGGCGGUAGCACGCGCCACGGCAGCAGGAGCGUCCGGCUUGGGCAGUCCGGCCGGUGGCCCAACAUGUCGUUCUUCUUGGGACUCUCGUUCUCGGCGUGGGGGUCGUUGCGGCGCGGCGAAGCCGACGCGCCCGGCAAGGGUGGCGCGAAGGUCGCCGGCGACGGCACACCGGCCGCGGAACAGGGGUGCGACGGUGGGGCGUGCCCGCUUCCACUUGGCGGCCGCCGUGUUUGACGCGGUAAAGAAGCACACCAAACUUAGGAAAACGUCUCCGUCGUCGCUGUUAAUCCUCUUUUCGGCGGUCAGUUUAGGGCAAAACCUCUUUUCGGCGGUCAAUUUAGGGCAAAGUUUGUACAGCAACACCUUUAUUUAGUCGUCGGUUAAACUCCAUUGAUUAGGUCCUUGUGUAAUUCAUUCAAGAGGAGUGUAGUACAUUUUUCGUAUAUUUUCAUCAUAGCUCAUAAACAACAGAAGCCGUGUAAAACGA